UGUGUUUUAUAGGUGGGAGAGGGCUAAUAACUGCAUUGUAUCCGUACUUCUCCGGAUCUUCUUUAAAUAUUUCAAACGCCAUGUUUUGUACGGUUUCUUAACCGAUCAGCAACACUGUAGACCAGUGCUGCAAGUCUACCAAGGUUGACAGGCCUUUCCACCUAUAAAUAGAGAGCGAGAAGGCGUUCCUUCCGUCUAGGAGGGCGAGGAGCCCUCUCAGUGAUAGAGUUUGGCAUGAAAGAGUUGAGUAGCCACUGCUAAGAUAGCAUAUUGACGGAGUGCCUCAUCCGUCGUCACUUUGUUCAUUGUAUUCUGGUUUUAUUUGAAUAGCUUCACAGUGUUUGCUGACUCGAGCUGAGACCUCUUGGUCUUGGUAAAUCAUAAAUGUAUCAUGUGUAACACACAAUUUAGCUGUUUGGCCAUGGCAACGUUGUAGGGGCAGUUGUAGCAUAGAGACAUGCAGACAAGCCAAGUUAUGGCACCCUUCCCAGGCUCUUGUUGCAACCCACAAAUGACGGUGUCAUGGUGAUGGUGUAGAGUGCAUGCUUACGCCUGUUCCCACCAACUUACAAUCGGAUGGUUAGCAUUAUUCAAAUUCAGGACAUGCUAUGCAAAUGCAUGUGGAUUCCACAGGGAGGGUUUGAAGUAAUAAAGGGUUGAGGAGUUGAGGGUAACCAACCUGGAUCUUGAACAUGAAGAAGUCAGUGUUAAGAGGUGAUGAGCUUUGUCACAGACAAGCAAAAAGGCAUAAGGUUUCUUUAAAUAGAGAACUUAUAAAUCAAAGUUCUCAUCACAGCUUUUAUACCGAUUCUACCACUCCUGGAUGGAAAAAUGAGUCGUUUGAGGACAAGUUACUACAGUUAAGAACAGUUGCUAUAGAUCCAUCUAAUCCAAAAUCAUCAUUUGGAUCUGUCCAACAAUCAUGGACUCUUACUGUGCGAAAAGUUCUUUUCUUGAAUAGCUCUUUUCUUCCUUGGAAAAGGCGAAAAGUUCAUUUUGUACAGGAAUCAUCAACAAUCACUUGUGACUUGAAUAAAGUGGAAUCAAAUGAGCAAAGUUCUAUAGGACCAAGCAGACAAGGCUCCUUUGGUUCUUCAACUCCAUGCAUAAUAAAUUCAGCUGAUUCAAUUGAAAGUUAUAGUCGGCGGAUGGUUCACAAUUCAAGCUGUUCAUUGAGCUUAUUGAAGUUUGAAAUCUAUAUUCCAAGAAAUCAGGUCCUUGUUGAACACUCAUUCCAGGAUGAUGGAACGAAUUGGGGUAAUCCACCCAACAAAGAUGCCUCGUUAAUUGAUUCUGAUGAUUCAGUUAGUGACUCUAACCCAUCUAGUCCUUGGCAAUCAACUGAAAAAACUCAAAAAUCAGCCAAGAUAACAAAAUUCGUUGAUAAUAUUCCAAGUAGCUGCCAAUCUGUUCUACAAGACUUAACUAGUCCAAGCAACAAAGAUGCUUCAGUCUUACUUGAUUCAGCAGACUCAUUGAGUGGUUCAAACAAAUCGAGCUAUGAACAACAGCUACUGAAUUUCAUUGGGGACAAUGUUCCAAAGUUAGUAAUUCCUGUUGGCCCUCCAUUUCAAGCUGAUCUGCCAGAGUGGAUUGGUCCACCCAACAAGAACUUGUAUAAUGGUGAUAGCAGUUUAAAUAAUUCAAGUUGGUUGGGCACCCGGGUUUGGCCGAUCGAAGACAAGAUUAUAGAAUCUGAUGAAUUGAUUGGAAAAGGGAGAUCAAACACCUGUUUUUGCACAUCUCCAGGAUCCACCGACUGCAUCAAAUGCCACAUUAACGAGGAGAGGCUUAGAUUACAAUCUGAGUUGGGUCCUGCUUUCUUCACCUGGAGAUUUGAUUGCAUGGGGGAAGAAGUUUCCAGAUCAUGGUCAUUUAAUGACCAGAGGAGCUUUGAAUCUCUCGUGAAAACGAAUCCUCCAUCGAGGGGUAAGAGCUUUUGGAAGCCUGCUUUGAAACGCUUCCAAUCGAAGUGCAAAAAAAGCAUAGUGAGCUAUUACUUCAAUGUCUUCAUCCUGAGACGUAUGAGCAUGCAGACUAGAUUGGUCCCCGAGAUGGCUGAUAGUGAUGAUGAUGAAGCUGAUGAGGUUUUGUACUCAAAGAAAUCCCGCAAAAAUGGUAGUUUCAAAUUACGUCGUCGUAAUGAUGUGAAGAAUCGUUACUUGACUGGGAUUCGAUGAUUUCACAACUUGUUGUAGCUAUGUCAAAAUUUCGUUGAUAGAUCAUCUUUUUUGUUUUGGUUUUGUAGAAAAUGAAUAGUUUCAAACUCCUUAUACAGUUAUAACAUAGAUGAUACCAAUUGUAACUUAACAACUUAUAUUUUGGUUAAUAUAGAUGAUAUCAAUCGAGGGAACCAAACAAAAAAUAAAAUCAUUGUUGUGGUAUUGUGGUAA